ACAACACAGAUGGUUAAUGCACAGUUGGUCGAGACCAGCAAUGCUGAAUUAAACGCUAUACCGAAAAAGUUGAAGUUCGUUAUGUUCAUAUCAUACUGUGGAACGAAAUACUACGGCAUGCAAGUCAACAAAGACAUUCCGACGAUCGAGAAGAUGAUGCUUGACGCGUUACUGAAGCGAAAGCUAAUUACCACAGAUGAACGGCAUCAGCCGUCAUUGUUCCGUUUCCAGCGGGCUGCCCGCACCGACAAAGGAGUGUCGGCCGUCAGGCAGCUUUGUUCCAUGUUCCUGCCGUUGACCGAAGCGCAGUGCAGCGUAGCGGUGAACGAGCUGAACGAAUUUUUGCCUGAGGAUAUUCGGAUCAUGGACAUGAUGCGGGUAACACGAACGUUCGACGCCAAAAAAUGGUGUUUCUGUAGAACCUAUAUUUACACUCUGCCGAGCAUAGCCUUCACUCCUUCCGAAGACGUUGCUUUUUUGCUAGUGUUUUCAAGAGAGCAGCUGAAGAAAGUUAAUCAUCUUCUUUGUGCCGAACCUUUCAUAAUGAACGGCAUCGAAUUUUUGAACAUCGAAAUCCAAGGGCAAAGUUUCAUGCUGCAUCAGAUCAGGAAAAUGGUUGGUAAGCACUCUGUUCUUUUUUUCCAUUCCUUCAUCUUUGAUUCGGUGUCAAAGGUCUGUGUAUCGCCGUUAUGCGUGGUCAUCUGGACGAAACCUUUAUGUCAAAAGCUUGGUUGCCUGAGAGGGUGCGUAUAA